UAAGAGUAAGGUCAGAUAAGCCAAGGGGGACCUUUCGUGUUGUUUUCAAUCUUAGGGAAAUACGACUUCAUUAUGGAGACUGAACAUUUUCGUUACGUUUAAAGUUUUUCUCCCACAGCACUUCACAACUUAGAAGUUUAUACGGCCUCCGCAAGGCUGGCUAACUGAAGUAAUUUUGUAUUGUAAUAAUGACGAGAAUCAACGCCGUAAUUUCUGCAUAUCGUGAGUGAGGAUAUAAUAAUCAUGUGAAGGAGGACGUCGUGUUUGUGGAGACUUGCACUGUGUAGGUCAGCGGAAAACCCGUCACCGCUCCUCUCACUCCAUGACAGAGAGCUCUAAAAGAGCACCCAGCAGGCAAAAGAGGCAGUGUGUGUGCGCGCGUGUCCGUCCACGCGGUGUUACGUGGACCGUGCGGAUGGUGCGGUCGCGCGCGGCUAUCCACAAGGCAGCUCUUCCACCGCCAAGCGGACGCGGGAGGAAGUCGCGUCUCCGGUGUCCGCGGCGCUUCCUGCCCCAGAGCGUCGCGCUCCCACACCGCCGCGUCCGACCGCGCCGAACAGAAGCAUGUAAAGAUGGCGGAGCUGCAGAUGCUGUUGGAGGAGGAGAUCCCGGCGGGUCGGAGAGCCCUGUUGGACAGCUUCACCAACCUGGAGCGAGUAGCCGAGUACUGCGAGAAUAACUAUAUCCAGUCUGCAGACAAGCACAGAGCCCUCGAGGAGACCAAGAACUACACCACCCAGUCACUGGCCAGCGUCGCCUACCUGAUCAACACCUUGGCUAACAAUGUGCUGCAGAUGCUUGAUAUCCAGGCUUCCCAGCUGCGCAGGAUGGAGUCCUCCAUCAACCACAUCUCACAGACAGUGGACAUUCACAAGGAGAAGGUGGCCAGACGGGAGAUUGGCAUCCUGACAACUAAUAAGAACACGUCCCGUACCCAUAAGAUCAUUGCUCCAGCCAAUCCAGAGAGGCCAGUGCGAUACAUUCGCAAACCCAUUGACUACAGUAUGCUGGAUGACAUCGGUCACGGAGUGAAGUGGUUGCUUAGAUUCAAGGUGAGCACUCAGAACAUGAAGAUGGGCGGUCUCCCCCGCACAACCCCUCCAACCCAGAAGCCUCCAAGCCCCCCAAUUCCUGGGAAGGGCACCAUCGGGCGACACUCCCCCUAUAGGACUCUCGAGCCAGUGCGUCCACCCGUCGUCCCUAAUGACUACGUGCCCAGUCCGACGCGCAACUCGGGGGCCGUGCAGCACCAGAGUCCCGCACGCACGGCAUCCGUUAACCAGAGGAACCGCACGUACAGCAGCAGCGGGAGCAGUGGAGGCAGCCACCCCAGCAGCCGUAGCAGUAGCCGAGAGAACAGCGGGAGCGGCAGCGUGGGCGUGCCCAUCGCCGUGCCGACACCCUCCCCACCCAGCGCCUUCCCAGGGGCUGCAGGCACUCCUCCUGCUUCAAGCAACCUUCCUCCGCCCCCCACCUCCACUCCUCCUCCUACCACCACCUCCGAACCACCUAAUUCCCCACCGCCCACCUCCGACCCCUCCCCAGGCCCUCCCACCGAGGCUCAAAAAGCUCCGGCGGAGGCCACCCUUUCCACUCAACCCCUCCCCUCUGCUGUUGCUGCUGCCACCACCUCUACCACCAACACCACCCCUGUACCAGGUACGGCUCCUCAGUUCUACAGCAUGAACCGACCAGUAUCCAGGCACAACGCCCCGUCUGUUGGUGGCUCUUUGCCGUACCGCCGCCCGCCCUCUGUCACAGGCCAGGCCAGUGUGCCUCAGAGCCAGGUCAAUGGUGGACCGUACUAUAACCAGAGCCCAGCUGGCCCGCUGGGCUCCGCACCCUCCUCCGUCCUGCAGGUCACUCCACAGCUCCCCCUGGUGGGCUUCGUGGCUCGGCUCCAGGAGAACAGUACAGAUGCACAACCUCCAGCCCCGCUGGCUGACGAGUCAGCACCCCCGCCGCCACCCCCUCUGGAGGACUACGAGGAGGAGGAGUCGGCUGUGGUGGAGUACAGCGACCCUUAUGCUGAAGAGGACCCACCCUGGGCGCCUCGCACCUACCUGGAGAAAGUGGUGGCAAUCUACGAUUACGCACGAGACAAGGAGGACGAGCUGUCGUUUCAGGAGGGCUCCAUAAUCUACGUGAUCAAGAAGAAUGACGACGGCUGGUACGAGGGCGUCAUGAGUGGAACCACCGGGCUGUUCCCCGGGAACUACGUGGAGUCCAUCAUGCACUACGCAGAGUGAACCACAGGGGCCAGUGCCCUCAUCUCCUCUCUCCAUGCACCCAUUUUCUAUUUAUUUAUAUACAGAUGUGUAUGUAUGAACAAUGACACAUAGUUCUUGAAGAACAGGUGGUUGGAAAUGGGACAGAGAGAGAAGGUAAACGUCAAAAACCGUGGGAUGUGAACCUGUGGCGGCGUGUGUGACUUGAAAGGAGCAAAUAGAGAAGCUGGUAAUUACAAUAAUUCAUCAGAUGCUGAAUAAGUUUUUAAUAAACAUAAAACCACUUUUUUUAUUUUGGGAUGAUGAGAUGAAUUGAAGUGAAAUAUUUGUGACAGCAAGUUAACGUUGUGCUUGUGUGACUUGGAGGUGCCAAUUGAACUUUUUCAUCUUUCUUCACCCUUAAGAUUUGGAAAAAAUACCAAUGUGGGCUGAGCGGCAUCCCUCAGUGGGGCAUUGUGGGAGAGCAGGUGUGAAGGUGUGCAGAGGCGGAUGAGUAAGUGUAGAGGAAGCGUGUGUCUGUGCUGAGUGCAGCAGUCAGUAGCCCAACAGUAAGUACCGUGCGGGACACCGACGUAACAGGAAUCCGUCGGAGUGAAUGCAGCCGACGUGCGGAAGCACCUGCCCUCAUCCAGCUCCCUUCCGUCUCGCCUGUGCAUCUUCCGUCGGACCCUUCGGCUUUCCAAAGAAGCGUUCCUUAGGCUUCGAGACGAAAAAGGAUUGCGGAUGGGGGGUAACCUUUCACCUUUAUUUCCGUACCUGCGGUUUGAACUGCACCAGUGCUUCUUUGUACGCAGAAGAUUGCGAUACUAUUCCAAGCGCUCCUGCUGAGCGGACACUUGGGCCCCAGUUGCACAACGGGUGACGGCGUGGUUUCAGACAGUCGCCCUGUGGCGAAGGACUCUCUCCAAAGCGGACUGGAGGAACGGGGAUCAUAUUGGCACAAAGACCGGCCGACGGCGCCCUUCCCAAGCCCUUCAUCCGCAGCGCUCGUUCUGCGGACGGCCGCACGCCCGGCUCCGCGGAAGGAUUAUGGUCCGUCUCUUAGCUCUCACGAGUAUGCCGUGCUGGAGCGUGUUGAUAACUUAGUGAAUCGAAUGCUUUCUUUUUGUACUUUUCAUUUUGUUCUUUUUUUGGUUCUGAGCUAUUGUGUAGUGAAAUCUAACCGAAAGGCCCAGCUGAUUUACAGAAGUUUGUAUGUAGUGCUAUAUAUAGACCGCAUGCUGAAAUAAAACAUGACCUUUAAAAUA